GAGUUGAACGUCGAACAGAGUGGUUGAUUCUGUACUUGAGUGAGUGUUUUUUUUUCUACUCCAAUCUCACCAGUAAAAUCACAGGAAAAAUUUCCACACCAGCAGAAAAGUUUUAGUGGAAAUUCCUCGCGAUUCCUAUCAAUGAGAGUGAUUUGGCUGAGGAACAUUUGGAAAUCGUGGUGAAUUACAAGAUAGACCUAUGUGACACUUUUGAAGAGAUUUUCUUUCUGAACGUGUGUUAAUUUCCAUUGAGUUGGUUGUUGAACAUUUUUUCCACUGUCGAGAGAUCUCCAGCAAGACAAUCCGUGAAAAAAAAGCCCAGAAGAUGAUCUAUGAGAAGAUGUACUACCCUCGAGAAACGACACCACAAACAGUCCCAGCUGGCGUCUACACCCCGGACGCCUACACCUCGUACGCUGACAACUUUGAUCUGUCCCUCCUGCCGAGCGACGGCGAAGUGCCCCUGAGUCCUGACUCGCAGGAGUGCGGGGACUUCAUUCCGACCACCGUGCCGAAGGCCUGGUCGCACCCCGAUCCCGCCCACUUUCCCUAUUUCGCCAUCGGGCUGCCGAGUCCGCCGCAGGAGCCCAUCAUCGGGGUCUUCUCGCCAUCCCCGAGUCCCGUGGCUGAGCUUACGGUGAAGCAGGAAUUCGCACUGCUUCCGCCAUCGCCGCCAGACUCUUCUGGCGUGCCGUCGCCCUUCUGUGUCAAGUCUGAGCCCACGGACAGCGACACGGAGACGUGCAUAGACCUGGAUUCGUUCCUGCAGAAGUCGCUGGAAGACUUCGAGGCGCCCAAGCGGCAGGACCAUCAGCUCCUUCGCGAGUAUCUACAGGACACGACGUUCCAGAAAAAGCACAACCUGAAGCCGUUGGCACUGGAGUCGUUAAUCGGCGGCUGGGGCACGCGUGGUGACAUUGAACCCGUCAUCUCUCUCGCUCUCGAGCACGCCAGACGGGAUGUCCAGGCCACCUGCGCCACCCUCAGCAUCUCGCCAGAUCCUCAACAGUGGACAACUGUGCAGGUCCAGGCGUGGCUCCAGCUGACCAUUGAGCAAUUCAAGCUGCCACCGGUGAAGGACCUGGAGACGCUGUUCAUGGAGGAUGGCCCAGGACUGUACCAGAUGUCUGAGGAGGAGUUUGUGCGCCGAGCACCUCAGGUUGGCGGCACAUUGUAUGCUCAACUGGAGAUUUGGAAAGCUGCAUGCAGCGAUGCCCCACAAAUACAAGUGCCAACGUCGAGUGCUGGCAACAAUCUCGCUUGGAGCCCCGAAGGCAGCCAAAGUGCUGAGCCGAGUGAUGAUGAGGAUGAGGAGAUGCCAUUGGCGCCCGUGGACGUCGCCAGUGGACAGAAAUCCAACCGACAGGGCAGCUCGCACAUCCACUUGUGGCAGUUUCUGAAGGAACUCCUGGCGUCACCGCAGAAGCACGGCACAGCCAUUCGCUGGCUGGACAGGAACAAGGGAGUGUUCAAGAUCGAGGAUUCUGUGCGCGUGGCGAAGCUCUGGGGCCAGAGGAAGAACCGUCCAGCCAUGAACUACGACAAGCUGUCGCGAUCCAUCCGGCAGUACUACAAGAAGGGCAUCAUGAAGAAGACAGAGCGCUCGCAGCGUCUCGUCUAUCAGUUCUGCCAUCCGUACUGCCUGUAGAACGUGGGCCGUGGACCCUCAAUACUCUCACUACACCUAGGCUUAUUUAUUCUCCUAAAUUAUUUGUUGCAACAUAUUUAUCUGCUGGGUGAAUGUGCGAAUGAAUGCGAGGAUGUCUUAGCAUUACAAAUAGGCAAUUAAGAUGGUACAGUGCAGAGGAUGGAGUAGAAGAGAAAUUCCGCGUGAUUUUCUACUUUCACAAUGCAAAUAUGUGUUUGCAAUGUGAGCUUGGAAGAAUUUAUAACUUCUGAGAGACGCUCUCUUCGGCUUGGUUUUGCCAACAUGAUGAGAUGCCGCCAUUCCUAAAGCCAUAAAUCUUCUUGGGCUUUUUUUCUCCGCUAAUCAGCCAGCAAGAAAAAUCCACAGAAGAUCAAUUUUGCAAAUCUACUUCUUCCUCUCAUUUGUCGAGAUUAUUUUUAAAAAAUAUCCUAAGGUCGACCUGUAAGCACUCAUUUUAAGUGUACAAAAGUAUCGUAUUCGAAUGGAUUGAAGUCUCAAAGAUGCGUGGGAAGGUAAUUUCCCCCUCUUGAGGUACUUGCAAUGCAUUGUGAAUUUAUAAUUACAUCAUAAUUCAUUGCAAUAAGUGUUAAUGUUUAGCUAUUAACUUCCAUUUGUCUAUUGGUUUACCGACAAUUUCACAUUCGGUUGAGAUUCAUUUUCCAGCCACGCGAGAGAUGAUUUUCAUCUCGUUCACGCGAUUUUGGCGGUGAAAUGAAAUUUCCUGAAUGAAAUGUCGGUAAUUUUGGUCCCAUAUAUCUAUGAUAUAUUCAUACUAGUAAGUUCUAUGAACAAAUUGCGAAGUGGAGGUGAAUAAUGGUAGAAAAUACAUGUAUUUUAGUGUUAUUGGAAGGACAUCAAAUAAACUCGAGUAUUUCCAGAUAAAAUUUAAUUUAAGUUUAAGUAGAAUUGAUUAAGUUCUUGAUAAAAUAUUAGUGUUAAAGUUAAGAGAUUCAUUAUUUGUUAAUUAUAAGGCGCCUUAUUUUAAGACCGGAAGAGUUUUAUUGAAGAAAAUGAGCUCUUCCUUCAAUAAAUCUCUUCCCUGUUUAGAUAUAAGUUUACUAACCUUGAAAAUAUUCUUCAUAAAAGAAUAAAAUAUUAUAUAUUGGUUUUGGGAUAUUUUAUCUUGAAUACACACAAUUUUCUAAUAUUAAAUCAAUUAUAUGCAAUCAUAUUAGUAUUGUUGUUGUGUAAGUGUUAUACAUUGAUAACUUUCUUUGUAGUAAGUUUUUUUUUCUUUAAAUAUUAAUUGGUUAUAUGAAAUUGUCAGUUAAAAAAAAUAUAUUUCUAAUCUUAUGAACAAAGGAUAAGUUUUUUUUGUACUUAUAAGUGUUUGUAAAAAUUGUAAAUAAACGUUUAGCUAACACAGAAUUUA